AUGUUUAUUUGCCAUGUUCAAUAUAUUGUCAAACGGCAUAUUCAUCUUUCGAAAUGUUUUUAUUCAAGUUCGAUUAUUAAACCACUGAAUGUUGCAUUUUUUGGUUCGGAUCUUUUUUCUAUGCAUAUUCUUGAACAUCUCUACAAAUUAUUUAUCAAUGAUAAAUCACGAAUUAAAAAUUUAGAAGUAGUAACAACUGUAUCAUCAUCAAAUACUGUAAUGCAUGGUGCUGAAAAACUUCAAUUAAUAACUCAUACUUGGUCAAAUAUUGAUUCAUUAAUAUCAAAAUCAUCUGUCCAAUUCGAUUUAGGUAUUCUUGCAUCAUUCGGUCAACUAUUACCUAAAAAAUUGAUUGAAUCUUUUCCUUUAGGAAUAAUUAAUGUUCAUCCAAGUUUAUUACCUCGAUGGCGUGGUAGUUCUCCAUUGAUCUAUACUAUUGCUAGUGGAGAUAAAAUCGGUGGUGUUUCUAUUAUGGACAUUCGACCCAAACAUUUUGAUAUUGGAUCUAUAUUAAUGCAACAAUCAUUUCCAUUAUCAACUAAUAUAACUAUGUCUGAAUUACUUAAAAUGACUGCAAGCAUUGGUUGUUCAUUGUUGACUACUGUUCUUGAAGAUCCAAUUAAAGCACGACAGAAUGCUCAAGAACAAUCAUUAUCAGGAGUUACUUAUGCUCAUAAAUUAAAUAAAUAUGCAUUUUAUAUCGAUUGGUGUAAUCAUACAAUUGAAGAUAUUGAUCGAUUGUAUCGAGCUCUCAAUGGCAUUGCUAAUCUUCGAACUAGUUUUCGUCAAAAGCCUGUUCGUUUGAAAUUAUUAACAUUAAUUAACGAUCAAAAUGUUAUUGAUAAUCUAAAUGUGAUAUCAUUACAACCAGGAACAGCAAUUUAUAAUAAAUCACUUGAAUGUAUAUGCAUUCGAUGUAAGAAUGGUUGGAUUGGAUUUCAAAAACUAGCUUAUCGAAAACUGAUGUAUGCACGUGAUUUUCAAAAUGGAUACAUUAGUAAAACAGAUCGAUUUGUAUUCGAUUCAAUACAUAAUCCAUUAUUUGAUCAUAUUUAUGAUCGACGACUACCUUCAUAA